AUGGCUAAAAGGCUUUACCACAACGCUAGCGAGCGUGAUCGUCGCAAGAAGAUCAAUACUUUAUACUCUACUCUUCGUUCACUACUUCCCAAGGCUGAUCAAGCGGAAAAAUUAAGCGUUCCAGAUACAGUUUCGUGCAUGCUUAAAUACAUACCAGAACUAGAACAGCAAGUUGAGGUACUAAUUCAAAAGAAGGAAGAGCUCAUAUCAAGGAUUUCUACGCAAGGUGAACAAAUUCAUCAAGAAAAUCAGAGAACAAUUGUAGGUCGGAGCUCUUUAUCUGCUGUUUCGGCAAACUGGCUUAAUGAUAACGAGGUUAUGAUUCAAAUAUCCAUAUAUAAGGUUCAUAAAAGUCCAUUAGCAGAUAUCUUGCUUAAUUUGGAGAAGGAUGGGUUUCUAGUGUUAAAUGCUUCUUCGUUUGAGUGCUUUGGAGGAAGGAUUUUUCAUAAUUUACACCUCCAGACAGAAAGGAGUUAUGCUUUGGAGCGUGAGCGUGAGGUGGUUUUGAGUGAGAAGCUCUUAUCAUUUUAUGAGAAGGAGGAAGGAUUCAAGCAAGAAAAUCAUGGCCCUAUAUAUUUCAACGCGACAAGUUGUAUUGUUCCACGUAUGCAAAGUGACCAUUAUAUAGGCGAAAGCACUUACGUGUGCGCAUCGUUGUAA